AUGCCUCCAUAUGUAAGCAAAACUGAUGUAAUACCAGUUUUUGUAGCUGAAUUAACAAUCGAUUUGGUUUUUCAAAAAGAAGUUGAAUAUGCUGGGGUACCUCUCUAUCGUUUUAUAAUGCCAAAAGAUGCCUGGGAUUGGAAUUUGCCGUCAAAUAAGGGAUUUUGUAAAUCAAAAACAGGAAAGAGAAUAUUUAAAGAACAAAAUUCUGAUUGUUUACCUGUUGGAAUGUUGGAUGUUAGUAGAUGUCAAAUUGGAGAGCCUCCAAUUGUUAUUUCUCAACCAAAUUUUCUUUAUUCUCCAAAUUAUGUUCAGCAAUCUAUUGAAGGCAUUCAAUUCCCACCAAUUCAAGAACGUGACCAAAUUGAGAUUGAUGUAGAGCCUAGAUUGGGUACAAUAAUUCAAGCACAUCGAAGAUUUUUGAUAAGUAUAUCUAUGUGGAAAGGAGCUAAUCUUUCUUUGAGUGAACUUGUCAAUUUUCGUAGCAGCGUAGUUCCUGUGCUUGAAAUUGAUGAAUAUAUUCAUGUGGAUGAUGACAGUCUCGAUUUGAUAAAAACAAAACUUCUUUUGGUAGAAAAAUCAGCUCAAGUUGGUUCAAUCUGUUUUAUGGCUAUUUCUUUAAUGGUGAUAUCUGCUGUUUUGGCUUUUGUUUUUUACAGGAAAUGUCGUCGUAGCAGAUCCACUAAAAGGCAUCUUUCAAAUGGACGUGCCAUUAUUUCCCCAACUCCGUUAGCUAUUCCAAAUGGCCAUCAAACAUUUGUCCAAUCUAGUUUUUGA